GAGCUGCUGUGUGUGUGUGUUGACGGCGGAGAAGGUGACUCCUGGACGAGCGGACACAUUUCGUCGCUAAAAACGAGACAUUUACGCCGAGAAAGGAGCAUUGUUGACGGCGUGAGCGACCAUGUCUUCUUUCGGGAGAACGCUGGGAAUGUUCAGGAGCGGCGCUUUACUGCUGAGACGAGGCCCGCGAAGAAUAACGAGCAGAAAUGGUAGCGGCGGGACACACAUCGAGCCGCAGUACAGACAGUAUCCUCUUCUGACCAAGCACCAGAAGUUUCAGUCGGAGCUCAUCAGUGGAGCCAUGUGGUUCUGGAUCCUCUGGCACUGUUGGCAUGAUCCCGAUGCCGUGCUGGGUCACUUCCCCUGGCCUGAUGCUUCUCAGUGGACAGACGAGGAGCUUGGAAUUCCACCAGAUGAUGAGGAAUAAGAUCCGGAUCCUCGUUGCUGUACACGUCUCCAGGUUGUUCUGAAAGCCGCUGUUGUACAUAGACUAAUAAAAACUAUCUUUAAUUAAGUUAAAAAA